GCACUGCUUCGGACAUCUCGAGCCGGCUGCUGGGGUCCUUUCUUACACCGGGCUGAGAAGGAUUAGCAGCUGACAACAUGCCGACUGUCGGAGUGAAAAGGGAUCUCCUCUUCAAAUCUUUGGGCAGAACUUACACCGAUGAAGAGUUUGACGAGCUGUGCUUUGAGUUCGGGCUGGAGCUGGAUGAAAUUACCUCAGAGAAAGAGAUAAUCAGCCGAGAGCAGGGUGACUCCAAGGCAUCGGCAGCAUCUGACGUCAUCCUGUAUAAGAUCGAUGUGCCUGCUAACCGCUAUGACCUGCUGUGUCUGGAAGGGCUGGUCCGUGGGCUGCAGGUCUUCAAGAAUAAGGUGGAGGCGCCUCGUUACAGACGUGUUGGCCCGGUCAGCGGGGAGCCUCAGCAGCUGAUUAUAACUAAGGAGACGGCAGCGGUGCGACCCUUCGCUGUGGCGGCCGUGUUGAGGAACAUGACCUUCACACAGGAGCGCUAUGACAGCUUCAUCGAGCUGCAGGAGAAGCUCCACCAAAACAUCUGCAGGAAGAGGAGCCUGGUGGCCAUCGGGACCCACGACCUGGACACCAUCUCCGGUCCCUUCACAUACACAGCCAAACCUCCCGGAGAGAUCCGCUUCAAACCGCUCAAUCAGACCAAAGAGUACACCGCCACCGAGCUCAUGGCGCUCUACAAGAACGACAGCCACCUGAGGCAUUACCUUCACAUUAUUGAAGACAAGCCGCUGUACCCUGUCAUCUACGACAGCAACGGCGUGGUCCUGUCCAUGCCUCCGAUCAUCAACGGCGAUCAUACAAAGAUCACCCUCAACACAAAGAACGUCUUCGUCGAGUGCACAGCCACGGACCUGACGAAGGCCAAGACCGUGUUGGACAUGAUGGUGACCAUGUUCAGCGAGUAUUGUUCACAGCCGUUCACGGUGGAGGAAGCUGACGUGGUGUACCCAGACGGCAAGACCUGCAAGUACCCGGAGCUGGCGUACAGGAAGGAGAAGUUGUCCAGCGACUUCGUCAACCGAAAAGUUGGCAUCAACGAGUCGACUGAGAAAAUCGCCCAGCUCCUCACCAGGAUGUGUCUGCGCUCCGAGGCUACUGGUGUUGGUGAUGAGAUCGAGGUUGAGAUCCCGCCCACACGCUCGGACGUCAUCCAUGCCUGUGACAUCAUGGAGGAUGCCGCCAUGGCGUACGGCUUCAACAACAUCCCUCGCACCACACCACGCACCUACACCGUAGCCAACCAGUUUCCGAUUAACAAACUGACAGAGCUGCUGAGACGAGACCUGGCAGCCGCGGGAUUCACAGAGGCCCUUAACUUUGCCCUGUGCUCUAAAGAAGAUAUAGCAGACAAGCUGGGGAAAAAGAUCUCGGACACCAGAGCUGCUCACAUCUCCAACCCUAAGACUGCCGAAUUCCAGGUGGCGCGCACCACCUUGCUGCCAGGCCUGCUGAAGACCAUCGCUGCCAACAGGAAGAUGCCCCUUCCCCUCAGACUGUUUGAGAUCUCUGAUGUGGUGUUGAAGGAUGAGACCACAGAUGUGGGAGCGAGGAACAGCCGGAGAUUCUGUGCCGUUUACUACAACAAGAGCCCCGGCUUCGAGGUGAUCCACGGCCUGCUGGACAGAACCAUGCAGCUGCUGGAGGUGAAGUCGGCCCACGGGGAAGGCUACCACAUCCAGGCCACAGAGGAUUCGACCUUCUUCCCCGGGCGCUGUGCAGAGAUCUUUGUGCGUGGGAAGAGCGUGGGUCGUCUGGGGGUCCUCCACCCGGAUGUCAUCACCCGCUUCGAGCUGACCAUGCCCUGCUCGGCCCUGGAGAUGGACAUCGAGCCCUUCCUCGGCCACACUGCUGAAGCCUCCCUCACACACGACGUCCCCAUGCAGGAAGUCCUCAAGCACAAGUUCAUCACACAAGAUGAUUCCUCGCCGGCCCCGUCCUCCCGCCCGACGUCCACAAAAACUGUGUUCGGUGACAUGAGCACGCCCGCCGGUCUUAAAGCUCUUAAUGACUUUCUGGCUGAUAAAAGCUACGUAGAGGGCUUUGUGGCGUCUCAGGCAGACACAGCAAUAUUAGACGCCAUCCCUUCUGCUCCCUCGCCGACCUUCUGCCACGUCCUGCGCUGGUAUAACCACAUCAAGUCCUUCCAGAGGGAACGAGCCAGCCUGCCUUCAGCAGAGAGUCAGUUUGUGCUCCCAGCCUCGACAGACGACGCCAGCGACGAUGACUUGGACCUGUUCGGCUCUGAUGAUGACGCAGAGAGCGAAGAAGCGGCUAGAAUCAGAGAGCAGCGCCUCGCCGAGUACGCCGCUAAGAAGUCUAAGAAGCCGGCCCUCGUCGCCAAGUCCUCCAUCCUGCUUGACGUCAAGCCCUGGGACGACGAGACGGACAUGAGCAAGGUGGAGGAGUGCGUCCGAAGCGUGAGCAUGGACGGGCUGCUGUGGGGGCAGUCCAAGCUGGUCCCUGUGGGCUACGGUAUCAAGAAGCUCCAGAUCGGAUGUGUUGUGGAGGACGAUAAAGUUGGCACGGACCUGCUGGAGGAAGCCAUCACCGCCUUCGAGGAAUAUGUUCAAUCUGUGGAUGUGGCUGCCUUCAACAAGAUCUGAAUCAGACAUGGUAUCUUAGUGUAAGAUAUUCAGAUCAAUCACUAUUCCAACGUCCGUGUAAUACUGUAACUGCAGCUCAGGUUCUUUAUUGAAAGACUGUUUCAUCCUUACAUGCAAAGAUCAAAUAAAGCCUUUCUAACGUUUGAA